GCGGGGCAGGCAGGGCUGCGGGUACCUGACUGGAUUACCGGGAGUCGGUGAGAGCGGACGGGGCACCGGGAAGAUGGCGGAGGAGUACGGUGAACCGGCUAAAUUUGACCCGAAAUUCAAAGGUCCGAUUAAAAACCGGGGCUGCACUGACAUAAUAUGCUGUAUCUUGUUCAUGAUCUUCAUUAUGGGCUACAUAGCAGUUGGGAUAAUAGCAUGGCUGUAUGGUGAUCCUCGCCAAGUGGUCUAUCCAAGAAAUUCCACUGGAUUCUAUUGUGGAUUUGGACCAAACAGCGACAAGCCCUUUGUGCUAUAUUUUGACUUAUUGAAGUGCCUCACUGGUACAAGCGUAUUGGCAGCAUCAAUGAAUGGACUGCAGUGUCCCACCACCCAGGUUUGUGUUGCGGAAUGUCCUCAAUAUUUCAGAGCAGCUAUUCCAAUUGGCGUCCCGAAAAAUGUCUAUAACCAGACAUUCUGUCAGCCGAGUAUUAACCUAACUACUACUAUUCUGAGUGUAAGUCAAAUUGCUUCUAAGGAGCUAUGUCCUGUCUUCCUGGUUCCCUCCAAACCUAUCUUUAACAGGUGUUUCCCCCAAGUCGAUCUGACCUUUCCAUCUAAUUUUACUAUUGAUAACAUGAGCAAUAAUGCUACAAUAGGGAACAUUACAGAGGCUGCCAAAACAAUUGCCAACUCCUUGAACUUUCAGAAUCUAAGCAAAAAGAUUUUUGAGGAUUUUGCCAAUUCCUGGUCCUGGAUCCUCAUAGCUCUAGGAAUUGCCAUGCUGGUCAGUCUUUUCUUCCUGCUCCUGCUGCGUUUCACCGCCGGUUUCCUGGUUUGGAUUCUCAUCAUCGGUGUGAUCGGCGUCAUUGGAUAUGGCAUCUAUCACUGCUAUAUGGAGUAUACAACCGCCACCAUGACUUUCAAUCAAGUGGGCUUCAACCCCAAUCUGUCUGUCUAUUUCCAGGUGAAAGAGACCUGGUUGGGUAUCUUGAUAUUGUUGGCCGUGGUGGAGUUGAUUCUGCUGCUGCUCCUUCUGUUCCUCCGGAAGAGGAUCCUCAUCGCCAUCGCUUUGAUUAAAGAGGCCAGCAAGGCGAUUGGUCACAUCAUGUCUUCCCUGUUCUAUCCGCUGGUCACGUUUGUUCUUCUGGUGGUCUGUGUGGCAUACUGGGGCAUUACCGCUCUAUAUCUGGCAACCGCAGGAGGACCAAUGUUCAUCAUAUCCGCUACAAACAGCAGCACUCCCGGGUGUGGUGACAUAAAGGGAAAUGAAAGUUGUGAUCCAAUGACAUUUAACGCCAGCAAUUACAGCUGUCCUGACGUUCGGUGUGUCUUCUACAAGUACGAAACAGAGGGCCUUGUCCUGAAGAACAUCUUCAACCUGCAGAUUUAUAACGUCUUCGGUUUCCUGUGGUGCAUUAACUUUGUCAUUGCCUUGGGUCAGUGCGUCCUGGCUGGAGCAUUCGCGUCCUAUUACUGGGCAUUCAUAAAAAUUCGGGACAUGCCCUACUUCCCUGUCUCUGCUGCUUUUAUGAGAACACUAAGGUAUCAUACAGGAUCCUUGGCUUUUGGUUCCCUCAUUCUCACUAUUGUCCAGAUCAUCCGAAUCAUUCUCGAAUACCUGGACCACAAGCUGAAAGGAGCGCAGAACCCUUGCACCCGAUUCCUCAUGUGCUGCCUGAAGUGCUGCUUCUGGUGUCUGGAGAAGUUCAUCAAAUUCCUAAACCGCAAUGCAUACAUCAUGAUUGCAGUUUAUGGAAAGAAUUUUUGUGUUUCUGCGAAGAACGCCUUCAAGCUGCUGAUGCGCAACAUUGUGAGGGUGGUCGUUCUGGACAAAGUGACCGACCUUCUCAUUUUCUUUGGGAAGCUGCUUGUUGUAGGAGGAGUUGGCGUCCUGGCAUUUUUCUUCUUUUCUGGUCGACUGCCAAUUCCAGGUGAUACCAUCAAGUCUCCAACUUUGAACUAUUACUGGAUUCCAAUCUUGACGGUGGUCGUUGGAUCAUAUAUCAUUUCUCAUGGCUUCUUUAGUGUGUACAACAUGUGUGUGGACACCCUUUUCCUCUGCUUCUUGGAAGACUUGGAAAGGAACGAUGGCUCUAUAGAUAAGCCAUACUACAUGCCUAAAUCUCUCAUGGAGAUCCUUCACAAGAAAAAUCAAUCGCCUGAGGCUGAGGGUAAGAAGAAGAAGAAGAAGAAGAAGAAGAAAUAAUGAUCGGUAUUUUUCCCGACCAGAUCGGUUGUGGGAUUUCCACCGUUCCACACUCACAAGAGAAGCUUCCAAGUCUGUCCUGUUUCCUGGCUAGCAGGCAGGCUGAGAGAAUUGCUGCCGAUUUAUCUUUCAUCCUUUUUCGAUUUGUAUCUGUUGACCAAUCACUUUUCUGGGGCUGGCAAUAGUCAAAGUACCCAUUUUGUUUACAUUUCAGUAGUGUCAUAAUCCAACAAGAAGGGUUUAAAGCCAGCUUACACAGGCUAAUAAACGGCAGGAUCCGUUUACCAUUCCACCAGACCUUUAAGAGGUUGAAAUUGACCAAACCUUGGGUCUUUUUGACAAAGAUUGUGUUUUUUUUUUUUAA